AUGGCGAGGUUUUGGUGGGGACACAAACAAAAUGACAAUUGGAUAGCAUGGAUGAGCUGGUCAAAGCUUGGGAAGGCUAAGACGAUGGGGGGAAUGGGCUAUCAUGACCUGGAAUGGUUUAAUAUUGCUCUAUUGGCAAAACAAGGGUGGCGACUCAUACAAAACCCACAUGGUUUAGUGUCUCGGAUCCUAACGGAAAAAUAUUAUCCUCAUGGUAAUUUUAUGGAAGCAGAUCUCGGUCGAAGCCCGUCAUACGUAUGGAGGAGUAUUUGGAAAGCAAGGAAACUGCUUAACUUAGGAAUGGCUUGGAGGGUCGGUGACGGUUCAAAGAUAGGUAUCUGGAAAGACAAGUGGGUAUGUAGGGGGACAGUGGGCCAUGUCCAGACUCUUGUUCGAAUCCUUGCUCACGAUGCCAAGGUGAGUGAAUUGAUUGAUGCCGAUACCAACUGGUGGAACACGGCUCUUAUAUAA